ACCAUUUGAUUUAUUCGGUUGGUCUCUGCAUUAAUUUUAUUGAAAAAGAAACACUAUAUAGAAACCUCCACUUAAUCAUCUCUUCAAUCAAAAAAAUAACAAUCAAACGAAAUUUAGAAUGACAGGAACAUAUCUUUCUUUACUAGUGGUCGUCAUUGUGAUAGCCGCAAAAUAUCUUUGUUCAGCACCUGAACUAAGAAGAAGUGAUUUUCCAAAAGAUUUCAUUUUUGGGUCUUCAACAUCUGCUUACCAGAUUGAAGGAUCUGCUCAUGAAGAUGGUAAAGGACCAAGUAUCUGGGAUACUUUCACUGAAAAAUAUCCAGAGAGGAUAAAGGACGGUAGCAAUGGAUCUGUUGCAGCUGACUCUUACCAUCUUUACAAGGAAGAUGUAGCUUUAAUGCAUCAAAUUGGUCUCAAUGCUUACAGAUUCUCUAUCUCAUGGUCGAGAAUAUUGCCUCAUGGGAAUCUUAAAGGAGGAAUCAACCAGGCUGGUAUUGACUAUUACAACAACUUGAUCAAUGAGCUUUUGUCCAAAGGAAUUACGCCUUUUGCCACCAUUUACCAUUGGGACACACCACAAGGCAUUGAAGAUGCUUACGGUGGACUCCUUGGCGCAGAAUUUGUAAACGAUUUCCGCGAUUAUGCGGAUAUUUGCUUUAAGAAUUUUGGAGACAGAGUGAAACACUGGUUGACAAUGAACGAGCCAUUGUCAGUGGUGCAAGGAGGGUAUGGUCAAGGUAAAACAGCUCCAGGAAGAUGCUCUAAAUUCACAAACCCUAAAUGCACCGCCGGAGAUGGAGCCACCGAGCCUUAUAUCGUCGGUCAUAACCUCAUCCUUUCUCACGGAGCCGCCGUGGAAGUCUACAGAGAAAAAUACAAUGCAUCUCAAAAAGGUCAAAUUGGUAUUGCUUUGAACGCCGCUUGGAACUUGCCCUAUUCAGAAGAAUCAGCUGAGGAUAAGCUAGCUGUGGCACGAGUCCUGGCAUUCACAUUUGACUUCUUUAUGGAGCCCCUUGUGACCGGUAAAUACCCACUCGACAUGGUCAACAACGUAGGCGGUCGCUUGCCUACAUUCACUGAACAACAAUCUAAGAUGCUUAAGGGCUCAUAUGAUUUCAUUGGCAUCAAUUAUUACUCUUCCUCUUACGCAAAGGAUGUUCCAUGCUCUACCGAACAGGUUACACUAUCCUCUGAUCCUUGUGCGAACACCACAGGCGAAAGAGAAGGAGUUCCCAUCGGUCCAAAGGCUGCAUCAGAUUGGCUUUUGAUAUAUCCAAAGGGAAUUCGUGAUCUUAUCCUCUAUGCAAAAUAUAAGUUCAAAGAUCCCGUCAUGUACAUAACCGAAAACGGGAGAGAUGAAUUUAGUACAGACAAAAUAUUCCUUAAAGACGGAGAAAGAAUCGACUACUACGCUCAACAUCUUGAGAUGCUUAAAGACGCGAUCUCGAUUGGAGCUCAGGUGAAGGGAUUUUUUGUAUGGUCGUUGUUGGACAACUUUGAAUGGAGCACGGGAUACACCGUUCGAUUUGGGCUGGUUUUCGUGGAUUUCAACGAUGGAUGUAAGAGACACUUGAAAAAAUCAGCUCAUUGGUUCAAGAAGUUCUUGAAAUCAAAGAAAAGCAAUUGAUGGAAACUGUACCAUCCUUUUGGAAAUCAUAAGGAAUAUCCUGGUUUAAAAAUUUAUAAUAAGAAAAUAAUACGGAAUCCUAA